AAGCUGCUAUCAACCGGAUGAUUAACUUGGAGAUGUUUGCCUCCUACACCUACACUUCAAUGGCUUUCUAUUUCUCCCGUGACGAUGUGGCUCUGUCUGGCUUCGCGCAUUUCUUCAAGGAGAACAGCGACGAGUAGCGAGAGCACGCCGUCAAGCUCCUCUCCUUCCAGAACAAGAGAGGUGGACGCAUUUUACUCCAGGACAUCAAGAAGCCAGAACAUGAUGAGUGGGGCAAUGGGCUGGAGGCCAUGCAGUGUGCUCUGCAGCUGGAGAAGAAUGUGAACCAGGCUCUGCUGGACCUGCACAAGAUUGCCUCUGACAAGGUUGACCCCCAUCUGUGUGACUUCUUGGAGACCCAUUACCUGAAUGAGCAGGUGGAGGCCAUUAAGAAGCUGGGAGACCACAUCACCAACCUCAGCAAGAUGGAUGCUGUCAAAAACAAGAUGGCAGAGUACCUGUUUGACCAGCACACCCUGGGAGGCCAGAGCUAAACCACUUCCAUCCCCAGGCUACGGCCUCCAGCCUCAGACCAGGACUCCUGGCUUCUCUGAUAGAUCCUACUGGCUUUGCAUUUAUAGGGAGGGGAGAGUGUUAAACUGGUGUAUUGAUGUUUCUGUUGACAACACUACUUGUAUUUGAGGCAAGGCUUCUUGUAAAAAAAUAUCACUCAAGGUUGUUUUAAGUCUUGACCUGUAGUAAUGAAUGUUGUAUCAGUCUAUUCAGGUUCUUUGCGCUGUCUUACUUAUCAUCUUCAUAUCAGUGUUAAUUGUAGACCUACUAGUGGCUGAGGGUCAUGACAAUAGGAGAAGAUCAACAUGAGGUUUAUAAAGGAUGUUGCCUCUGACCACAGAGGGUGUCCUUUACUGUAUUUAUAAUAGUGCCAUGUCAAUUAAGCGACCAACUGUCAACACAAGCUCCAUAGGAUUGAAAUGGUUAAUUACAGUUGAUGUAGACCUUGACUCUGCAUCACAAGUUUAUUAGACAGCCUAGAGGUCAAUCAAACCUGUUAACCAGCUGUGAUGGGAAGUUCAGCUUUUACUGACACUUAAUAAAUAUGUACUCAUUUUAUUUUAGUUGAUAAUGCCCAAUUGUUUCCCUACAGUAAAUUAUGAACUGUAUGCUCCAAAUAGUAAUGAGUCUUCAAGCCUCUUGUUCACCAUAAGGGGCUAAUUGGAGCUGUCAUAUGGUUGCAGAGCUAUGAAUGUUGCUCGACAUUGUUAAUGUGUCCAUAUGGUACAUGAGUUCCUAGUGGAUAGACCACCUGGUUAAAAGGGAAAAUGGCCUAAUCAGCAAUUGCAUUUUUAAUAAUUGCUGCUAUAUUCUUUCCACAACUGCCACCAACAUUUUCAACCAAGACGUAUGGAAGUGUAUCUGCUAUUGCAACAGCUAAUGGGGAUCCUAAUAAAUUACCAAAUUGGGAUGAUUUGGGCUGCAGAAUGAAGGAAAAGCAGCCAACAGGUGCUCAGCAUAUGUGGGAACUCCAAGACUGUUCAUAAAAGCAUUCCAGAUGAAGCUGGUUGAGAGAAUGCCAAGAGUGUGCAAAGUUGUCGUCAAGGCAAAGCGUGGCUACUUUGAAGAAUCUAAAAUUGUAAAUAUAUUUUGUGUUUAACACUUUUUUGGUUACUUCAUGAUUCCAUGUGUUUUUUCAUAGUUUUGACGUCUUCACUAUGACUAUACAUUGUGGAAAAUAGUAAAUAAAAGUUGAAUGGGUA